AUGUCAGAAUUUGAUUUCACCAACCACUCUCAUCGUCGUUUCAAUCCUUUGACAGAAGAUUACAUCUUAUGUUCUCCCCACAGAGCCAAGAGACCUUGGCAAGGUGCCCAGGAGGUUAUCAAAAAGAACGAAUUACCUUCUUACGAUUCUACCUGUUAUUUGUGCCCUGGUAAUAUCAGAGCCACUGGUGACACCAACCCCAAGUACGAGACUACAUACAUUUUCCCCAACGAUUACCCAGCAGUAAAGUUAGAUCAGCCUGACUAUACAGAAGAGGAGGAGGACAAGAACUCUGCAAAGUCAAGAUUAUUCAAGACUCAGGGUGUAAAGGGUAAAUGUUUUGUGAUAUGUUUCAGUCCAAAGCAUAAUUUGACUUUACCAAUCAUGUCGCACGACGAAAUCAAGAGCGUUGUUUCAACUUGGAAGAAGUUGUACAUGGAUUUGCAGAGAGAAUCGAUUGAAAUCAAUGCCCCAUACAAAUAUUUACAAAUCUUUGAAAAUAAAGGUUUUGCAAUGGGUUGUUCAAAUCCUCACCCUCAUGGCCAGGCAUGGUGUUUGGAUGUUGUUCCUACUGAGGUUCUGCACGAGCUUAAGAACAUGAAGAAGUAUGCAGCCAAUGGAGCCACUAAGCUGCAUAUGCUUGGAGAUUAUGUUGAGCUUGAAAUCCAAGAGAAGACCAGAAUCGUCUUGCAGAAUGACUCAUUUAUCGUAGUAGUCCCAUAUUGGGCGCUUUGGCCAUUUGAAACCUUGUUAAUUUCAAAAGAACACUUGAGAUCUUUGAAGGACUUCACCAGUAAGCACAUUGAAGAUUUAGCAACUAUUAUGAAACAGUUAACUAUCAAGUACGACAAUUUGUUCAACACUUCCUUCCCAUACUCUAUGGGCCUCCACCAAGCACCUUUGAAUGGAUCCAAGGAGGAUGAAGAACAUAGUUGGUUUCACAUCCAUUUCUACCCACCCUUAUUAAGAAGUGCUACUGUUAAGAAGUUUUGUGUUGGUUUCGAAAUGCUUGGAGAAUCUCAAAGAGAUUUGACCAGCGAACAAGCCGCCGCUAGAUUGCAAGACCUUUCAGGGACAGUCCAUUACACUAAUAGAACUGAAGACGAUGAAUAA